AUGUCUAAGAUUGCAAAUCGUCUGCCAGAUGUAGACAAUAAAAGUUUUAGAGAUUCAAAAUAAAUCCAAGAACUUAAAAAGAAACUAGAUGAACAAAAGGAAACUUUAAAAUAACUUGUUACUUUAGUUAAAGAAUCUAAAACAGAAUCCUAUAAGCCAAGAUUUAACCGAAUGCCUAAAUUUGAACAAGAUUAGUUUACAUUGGAACUUUUAGAAGAAGUGAAAACACUAAGGAGAUAAGUAAAUAAUAUUGAAAAUGGGCCUAAAACUAAUUAAGUUUAAAAUCCUUUUAUAAUACCUCAAUAUUUACCUAUUCCUCAUUAACCUUAAAUAUAAACAAUAAUACCUCCAUACAUGUAUAUGAAUCCUUAUUAUCAAAUGCCUUAACCUUUGAUGUAUUAACAAUCUUAGAAUCAAGCACCAAAAAAGAAGUCUGAUCCUUAUAAAAAAUUAGUUCUAAAGAUCUUAUAAAAAGGAGAGCAAGAUAAUCAUAGAAGUAGAAGAGAUUCAAAUUAUAGUGAUUAUUCAGAAGAUUACAAAGAUAGGGUGGAACCGAAUAGAAAUCGUUCAUAAAGAGAUAGAAAUAAGGAUUAAGGUCGUGAUUUAUCAUAAUAAAAUAAAACAAGUAAAGGAUCUCUGCAUGAUAGUAAUGUGAGCAAAUUUACUAGAUCAUCAAUUAAAAUAAAAUCAAAAAAACCUAAAGAAUUUACAGAAGAUUAGAAAGUAUAAUUGAGAAGAAAACUUGGUGGUGCUUUUUGGUUUAUUAGGAUUGGGUUGGGUUUAAAAAAAUAUUUAAGAAGAGUAUGGUUAGAUAGAAGAUAAUAAUAUUAUGAAAAUGAAGCAUAAUAAUUAAUAGAUAAAUUUGAUCAUGAAUUUGUAAUUGAAUAUAAAAUUUAGAUAGAACCAUAAAGAAGUAUUCAUAUUGUUUGUUGUUGAAUGUAAUAAAAAUAGAUAUUUUACAAAAAAUUGGAAUAUCUUUGAUAAUACAGAUAUUGAAUUAAAAUCUAAAAUAGUUUUUUAAAUACUUACAAUUUUAUUUAAGAAAAUGGCAUUUUUGACAAAGAAUUCUUUAAGUGAUGAACAUAAACAAUUUGUAAAGAGAAUAUCAUCUUAAGGGGGAUUCUUAUUACCAGGACAUCCUAAAUUUGUAAGUGAUCGAGUAUAUUUGAGACCAAAUGUUACUAUAGGGUAAUAAUAUUAUAUAUUUAGAGAUAAAUAAAUGCAGAAGUAAGUAAAUUGAU